AUGCAUUCCAGCGCUCUCAUCCUCGGUCUCAUUGGCCUUGCCAGUGCCCAGACACUCAACAUUCCCUCUCGUGUGGGCAGCAUUGUCUCUUUGCCUUCUCCCAGUGUGAUCACUGGCAGUGUUGAUCUGGGAAAUCGGGAGUAUGAUCGUGGCCGAGCCUGCGACAGUGAUGAUGAUACUGGUGAUGAAAAUGCCGUGUUCAUCUUGCAGGAUGGGGCAUCACUGAGCAAUGUUAUCAUUGGAGCGGACCAACUCGAGGGUAUCCACUGCAAAGGAUCCUGUACGCUGACCAAUGUCUGGUUCCGUGAUGUUUGCGAGGACGCCAUUUCCAUCCUCGGAACCGGAAAUGCACUCAUCAAAGGUGGUGGUGCCCAAGAGGCCAAAGACAAGGUUGUGCAGCACAACGGCCAAGGAACCGUCACCAUUGAUGGAUUUACUGUGGUGAAUGCUGGCAAGCUGUACCGAUCGUGCGGAAACUGCAGCAGCAACAAGAGCAAAAGCCCACGGAACGUUGUGAUCAAGAACGUCAAGGCCAAUGGUGUGGAUACCUUGGUGGGAAUCAACUCCAACUACGGCGAUACUUCCAAUGUGAGCGGCACGUGUGGAUCCAGCGUCAAGCAUGUGUGCCAGGAGUAUAAGGGAGUGGAUAAAUCAGAGGGAAUAGAGAGUCCAAAACUCACAACGACUGCUUCAUGUAAGGGGCAGUCGUCCCUUUCUUCUUGUUAA